AUGUCGAUGAUCUGUAAGUUUGUUUUGGAAAAGAGAAAAAGCGAAGAAUGGAGGUCCGGUCUUGUCGAGGGUGCGAAAAGAUCCAUUUAUCCCGUGCUCUUCUACUUAUUUUCGAAUAUCGACGCCCUGAAACAAAGAGCUUACCUGGCUAAAUAUCUGGUAAAGGUUGAAAUCCCGAGCGACGUGCACGAUGUAGACACUCAGGAAAUGCAAAAUGAGCUGGCGCAACUGAUGGAAAGAUUCAAAGUUACCCAUGCCAGUGUAUUGGAUGUGCAGCAAGAUACUUUGCUAAUCGAAGACAUCAAGGCGGAUUUGAAGUCGAUGACUCUUGAAAAAGAAGUGUUAUCGAGAAAAAUCGAAAAGACAAUGAAGAAGAUUGAAAACUUGCCGUCGCUCAAAAGGUAGAA